AUGAGGGCUCUCCUAAUACAACAAGGACUGUUCAAAGUCUUAUCCGGAAAGGAUAAGUUGUCGGAAUCUAUGCUCGAUGAUAAGAAAGAAGAGCUGGAGAUGAAGGCGCAUAGUGCCUUACAACUCUGUUUGGCCGAUGAGGUCCGGCGGGAGGUUGCAAAUGAAGAUAUCGCCGCCGGCUUGUGGCUCAAGUUGGAGAGCUUGUACAUAAUAAAAUAUAUAACGAACAAGCUAUACUUGAAGCAACGCCUCUUCACUCUUCGCAUGAAGGAAGGUGGAGUUUUGAGAGUUAGUAAAUGCUCUCUUGUUGUGAUGAAAGGAAAGAAGGUAAAUAUCCUCUAUAUCCUUGAAGGCAGUACAGUGACAAGUGUUGCAGCAGUGUCAUCCUCAGAGGAUUCAGAUUCAGACACUACACGUUUGUGGCAUAUGUUUGGGGUCCCCCCUCAGGUUCCAUCGAAAGACAGAGCUCAUUUUCUGCUAACAUUUAUUGAUGAUUAUUCCAAAAAAGUUUGGGUGUAUCCUUUGAAGCAUAAGAGUGAUGUUUUUGCAACCUUCAAGUAA